CAGCGUGAAAUGCGCGCUCCGGGGGACGCGGUUGACCCGCGGUGACGCGCAUCGGGAUGCGCCAUGUUGACUGUUAGCGGCAGCCGGCAAGCCGGGCGACAGGCCGACCGCCGUUCGUCCAACUUUCAAGAUGUUUAGGCGGCCCCAGGUCCUGUUUUGUUCGUGUCCCAGAAGGCUGUUGCGGCUUUUGAGAGAGUCCCACCUGUCUAGUUUCUCUGAACACACUGGGUGGCAGGGUGCAAGAGCUGCGACUAGAAGGAGAUCCGAUGGGAUCCCUGGCGGCAAGGAGGGGUCAUCGCCUCGUUCAACACAGCUGUCCUUAUCAAACCGCAACACUCCGAAGCAGAGAGAGGCUUCAGCCAAAGCCAUCUUGUCCAGUUAUCAACACCUUCCUCAGGGUACUGCCCCCCCAAACCCCAAAGCUGUGAGCCCAUACCGAGACUGUUUAAUCAACAAAAGCUGCCUUCAACCCUGGAGAAGGCCCUGGGACAUUUGCCAACCUUCCCACAGCUCCGCCUGUAAGACGGCGCGUGACCUUCUCCGGAGCGAGUCGCACUGCAGACAGCACUUUGUUAGACCUUUCGCCUCGUUGACGUGCGCGCCAUGGACUUUGAACCACUUUCACGGUAGACCACAACCCUCCGACCUCUCUGCUCCAAUAUCCCGAGCGGUUCAUCGGGCUGCCCCUCGGGAGGCCGGCGGCUGGAGGGACUGCCUUUCCCCGACGAAUGAAACCCGGUGUCGGCAGAACCUGGUGCCCAACUUGAAGCUGUACGAGGCCGGCAAAAGGGGGGCGGCUCAGAGCCAGGGAAAGAGCAAUGGGAGAUGGGCGUCAGUCCUGGUGUCUCUGUGCUCUAAUCAGGGGGAGCCGGCGUUUCUCUUCACCCUGCGCUCCAGCACAUUGAAGGGCCGCCACAAGGGAGAUGUCAGCUUUGCGGGAGGAAAGAGCGAUCCAUCGGAUAGCGACGUGGUGGCCACGGCGCUGAGGGAAGCGCGGGAAGAGCUGGGUGUUGCUGUGGCAACCGAGAAGGUCUGGGGCAUCUUGAAGCCUCUCAAGGACACGUCCGGGAUGACCAUCGCUCCUGUGCUGGCUAACCUCGGCCCCAUAGAGGAUUUGUCCUUCAAACCAAACCCUGGCGAGGUGGAGGAGAUUUUCACCCUGUCCUUAUCCCACCUGUACGACCCUCGGAACCGAGGCUACACAAACUUCCGCACCGGCGACAAGUACGGAUACACCUUGCCGGUGUUUCGUAACGGGAAGCAUCGAGUGUGGGGUCUGACGGCCAUCGCCCUGGAUCGCACCCUGAAGCUCAUUGUCCCUCCUUAGCAGCUCAACCGGCUGCAUUUAUUUUAUCAUCUUAUUUUUUUCAUAGUUCACAUUACAGACCUGUCGUGUGGCUGAGGAGGCAAAUGUGGAGUCAAGUUUUGUGAAGCAAAAUGAUGCCAGGAAUCUGUUUUGAAUGAGAAGUAUUUUCUUUUCAUAAAGGGAAAUGUCUUUCCAGUCGGGAGAUAACUUUCUUUUCUUCUUCCAAGUGUGCACUUUCGGAGCCUCAGGUGUGUAAGAAUCUCUACUGAAUGGAACAAGUGUAUAGAGGUGUUGGCCAGCUGUGAUGACUGAGAAGCAGCAGCAAUACUUUACUAUAUCUAAUCAUGUAUCAGUAUUUCUCUAUAUUACGAGCAAUGUUGCGUUCAAAAACUCACUUAUCCUUUACUCCUGAAUUAUUCUGUACCAGCAUUUACCAAAUUAAUUCAUGUUAACAAGCUAAACGAAGUAGUCACUGGCACAACAGUUCUCCCAUGAGGCUUUUUUUCUCCUUCAUUUUAAUUAUUUUGCGAGGAGCAGAGAUCAGAGUUUCCAGUGAGAUUCCGCUCACACUGGAUCAAAUGUUGAAUGUUUAAAAACACAGAGGAAGAUCAUUUGGUGAACAAUGCAAUAAAGAGCUUUAAAGGUA